AUGGAGCACUUCCUCAGGAAGCGGCUGGCCUUCCUAUCCUUUUUCUGGGACAAGAUCUGGCCGGCAGGCACGCCAGACGACAGCACCCUGGGCUUCCCAGACUCCGACACCAACGCUGAGCUGGAUUCCCCCGCCUCCGAGCCCUGCUGCUCCCCGGCGGUGCCUGGGCAGUUCUUCAGGGCGCUGUAUGACUUCACCGCGCGAUGCACGGAUGAGCUGAGUGUCAGCCGCGGGGACAGGCUCUACGCCCUCAAGGAAGAGGGCGACUACAUCUUUGCCCGCAGGCUCUCUGGCCAGCCCAGCAUGGGGCUCGUGCCCAUCGCAUACGUGGCCAGGGCCACCCCUGACACGCUCUCAGACCAACUCUGGUACUUCAGUGGCAUCAGCCGAACCCAGGCCCAGCAGCUGCUCCUGUCCCCAGCCAACGCCCCAGGGGCCUUCCUCAUUCGGCCCAGUGAGAGCAGCCAGGGGGACUACUCGCUCUCAGUCAGGGCCCAGGCCAAAGUCCGCCACUACCGCAUCUCCACGGCGGCCGAUGGCAGACUCUACCUGCAGAAGGGCCGCCUCUUCCCCAACCUGGAGGAGCUGCUCACCUACUACCAGGCCAACUGGAAGCUGAUCCGAAACCCGCUGCUGCAGCCCUGUGUGCGCCCGCAGCCCCCCGAGUGGGACGAGUGGGAGCGGCCACGCUCCGAGUUCACUCUGCGGAGGAAGCUGGGUGAAGGCUACUUCGGGGAGGUGUGGGAAGGCCUGUGGCUCGGCUCCGUGCCCGUGGCUGUCAAGGUCAUCAAAUCAGCCGACAUGAAGCUUGCGGACCUGGCCAAGGAGAUCCAGACACUCAAGAGCCUGCGGCACGAGCGCCUCAUCCGGCUGCAUGCCGUGUGCUCUGCUGGGGAGCCGGUGUAUAUCGUCACGGAGCUGAUGUGCAAGGGCAACCUGCAGGCCUUCCUGGGCAGCCCCGAGGGCAGGGCCCUGAGCCCGCCUGUCCUGCUGGACUUCGCCUGUCAGGUGGCUGACGGCAUGAGCUACCUGGAAGAGAGGCACAUCGUGCACCGGGACCUGGCCGCCAGGAACGUGCUCGUAGGCGACGGCCUGGCCUGCAAGGUGGCUGACUUUGGCUUGGCCCGGCUGCUCAAGGACAACAUCUACUCCCCGAGCAGCGGUUCCAAGAUCCCUGUCAAGUGGACAGCACCUGAGGCAGCGAACUACCGAAUCUACUCCCAGAAGUCGGAUGUCUGGUCCUUUGGCGUGCUGCUGUACGAGGUGUUCACCUACGGCCAGUGUCCCUACGAAGGAAUGAGCAACCAUGAGACACUGCAGCAGAUCGCAAAGGGGUACCGGCUGCCACGCCCGGCUGCCUGCCCCGCCGAGGCCUACGUGCUCAUGUUGGCGUGCUGGAAGGGCAGCCCCGAGGAGCGGCCGGCCUUCGCCACGCUGCAGGAGAAGCUGGGCACCAUCUACAGGCGUCUCCAUCCCACUCUCACGUGACCAGGGGCACUGGGCACCAGGGCUAGGCCUCUCCUCCCUGUUGGGCCUCCCCUCAGGAUAACGUUUGCCGUCAACACACACAGGGGUGUCGGACUGUCCAGAACUGCCGCCAGCCCACAGAGCUCCUGGCCAUGGGCCUCACGCACUGACACGCACAUGUACGUGUACACGAGGCAGACACACACUUGGAGAGAGAGGAGCUGACGUCCUUUGCCUGGAGUGGCAGUGUCCCUGGAGGGUGGGGGUCGGCAGAGAAGGCUGGGUGGAGCCUGUGUUCGCUCCAGCCUCAGAAAGACUGUGGACGGAGAAGCCCUGGGCCUGGGCAGAGAUCGCUCCUGCCUGGGACUGCCGGCUGCCCUGAACCCCUGCAACUCCCUCCCAAGGUCAAAAGUGACAGGAGUGCGUCCCAAUUUUCUCCCAAGUCCCCCUGGGGCCACAUUGGUGCUGCGGCUCCCAGGCACUGGCCCCACGUGGCACAUGCUGGGCGCAGCCGCUGUCUCCCAGGGGCGCACCACUGCCUGUGUGCGACCCUGUGCAUACAGGGGGGCAGCACUCAAUAAAUACG